GUAACAUUACACCAACCAACUAACCAAAGCAGAGGUUGGCUCGGUCAAUCCAAACGGCAUGGAAAGUGAUAGAGGUGCCGAUAAAUAGGCGCCCGGGUCAUCAUCUCAUCCCAGCCCUUGCUUGCCCUGUGCACAUCUGUCACUACUCAUCACUUUCCUUACUUCUCUCGGGUCUACUCCUGUGUUUCCGCCGCACAUCUGGGCGCUCGAGGAGGGGGAAAUGGCAGGAGGAGGCGAUAACUCGCAGACGAAUGGAGGAUCUCAGGAGCCGCGCGCCAUGGAGGAAGGGAGGAAGGAGGACUAUGACCAGGGCUGCGGCCUCGCCAUCUCUCUCCCCUUCGUCCAGAAGAUCAUCGCCGAGAUUUUCGGGACCUACUUCCUGAUCUUCGCGGGGUGCGGCGCGGUGACCGUCAACAAGAGCAAGGGGCAGAUCACGUUCCCCGGCGUGGCCAUCGUGUGGGGCCUCACCGUGAUGGUGAUGGUGUACUCCGUCGGCCACAUCUCCGGCGCUCACUUCAACCCGGCCGUCACCUUCGCGUUCGCCACCGUGCGCCGCUUCCCGUGGAGGCAGGUGCCGGCGUACGUGCUGGCGCAGAUGCUCGGGGCCACGCUGGCCAGCGGCACGCUGAGGCUCAUGUUCGGCGGGCGCCAUGAGCACUUCCCCGGCACGCUCCCCACCGGGUCCGACGUCCAGUCGCUCGUCCUCGAGUUCAUCAUCACCUUCUACCUCAUGUUCGUCAUCUCCGGCGUGUCCACCGACAACAGAGCCAUCGGGGAGCUGGCAGGGCUGGCCGUGGGUGCAACCAUCCUGCUUAAUGUGCUGAUAGCUGGGCCGGUGUCGGGGGCGUCGAUGAACCCGGCGAGGACGGUGGGGCCGGCGUUGAUCGGGAGCGAGUACAGGUCGAUCUGGGUGUACGUGGUGGGGCCGGUGGCCGGAGCCGUGGCCGGGGCGUGGGCGUACAACCUCAUCCGCUUCACCAACAAGCCCCUGCGCGAGAUCACCAAGAGCACCUCCUUCCUCAGGAGCAUGAGCAGGAUGAACUCCGUCUCCGUCUGAUUCCUUAUCACUAGCAACGUUGUAUUACUACUACAAGGCUAUGUAAUUGUCGUCAUCGUGGCCAUAUAUCCAUGGCGUAUCGAGUGGGCUACACUCUACUCCUCUAGUGGUCUUGGCCUAACUGAACCUGCGAGAGUAUGUAUAUGUGGAAAAAGUUGUGUUUUGGAACCAUGUGAUGUGGAA